ACCCAGUCCCAGUCCCAGCCCACGCAGCGUCCUCCGACCCAGAGGGAGCUGAUUCGCUGCCACAUGAAGAUGGUGAUCAGUCAGCUGGAGGGGAUCCUCAAGGAGCUGAAGGACGUGGCCCACGAACUCAGAGAGGUGGUGGGCCAGAUCGACAAGCUGACGUCGGACUUCGACUUCGAGCUGGACGCGGAGCAGGAGGCGGACGACUGGACGGUCGCCACGGCGAGCAGCACGUCGAGCAGCGAGCGCGGCCUGGGCGAGGCCUUCCGCCUCGACUUCCUGGGCAGCCACGACCUGCUCUCCGACUCCAGCUGGGAGUUCUGCAACUUCCUGGAGGCCUCCGUGACUGCUUCCGCAGCAGCAUCGGCGGCGGCAGCUUGCGCAUCGACUUCCACAGUUCCACACGGAGCCGGAUCGGGACCAGGAUCGGGCGCCACAGUUGGCACCACCACCACCAUCACCACCGGCACCUCCAUGUCGUCUGCUUACUCGCAGAUGAACGGCGGCCUGCCGAUCCCCAACGGGCCCUUGAUCGUCACGCCCGACUCGUCCAGUGCCAGCGAGGAGGCGUCCAGCUCCACCACGCACAGCACGCAGCGGACGUCGCGCACCUCGGGGACGCGAGAGCGAGUGCGGUUCAGCGACAAAAUCCUCUACCACGCGCUGUGCUGCGACGAUGACGAGGACGACCAGGCCGAGGACGACGAAGAGGAAGUGGAGGUGGAUUACGGGGAGGCACACAAGGGUCUGCUGCAUCCGUCGCUGAGCCGCAGGAAGCCGGUUCGCAACAGCAGCACACAGACGGUGUCAGACAAGAGCACGCAGACGCUGCUUCCUUACAUCCCUGCCAAACACAAAACACAAACAACAACAACAACAAUGCCACCAACCACUACGACAACAACAACGACAACGAAGGACCACUGA